UAAAAUUGGCAGAAAGCCGAGUCCGAGUCUCAAGAAAGAAUUUCCAUCGUUUAUUCGUUUAUCGUGAUUAUAAAUUGUUAUGUGUGAGGCAGAAACCAUCAUUUCCAGUAUUAACUUUCGACUGAGAGAAUGACAGUAGUUAUGGCUUCUACAAACUGGGAUCCAGCAUUAUCUGGUUUGCUGGGGGCACUAGAAGAGUCUAAACAAAACUUGCCAAGUUCGGAAGAAGAGUUUGGUUUCUUGAGCGGGCUGCUGCAAUCCAAAGAACUCCAUGCCCUGGUAAAAGUGCACAACAAAAUCAUUGACAAUGGCAAAGAUGAAAAAUUUCACCCGAUCCUAUCUAGCUCCAUGCAAAUCGCCUUAGAAGUCCUCGAUGUCAUUUUACCUAGAGUCAAUCUGAGCGAAGAUUGUAAAGAGUUAUUUAUUCUACUACAAAAACCACACUUGCAGGGUCUGUUAUGUGCUCACGACGCGGUCGCACAGAAAGACUAUUUUCCUCGUCUUCCGGAAAUACCUCUUGAAGUUGAUGAGGAUGAAGAGACAAUCAAGAUUGUUCAGCUAGUUAAAAGUAAUGAGCCCUUGACUGGAGCACAAAGUGCUGAACCAAUUGUUGGAGCGACCAUCAAGACAGACGAGGAGACAGGCAAGAUAGUGAUUGCGAGAGUGAUGCACGGAGGCGCUGCGGACCGCUCAGGCCUCAUACAUGUGGGCGACGAGGUCGUGGAAGUCAACAACAUCAACGUUGAGGGCAAGACACCCAACGACGUGCUUAAGAUACUGCAAGCAUCAGAAGGUACCAUCACCUUCAAGCUGGUCCCAGCAGAGGGUCGGUUGGGCUUGAGAGAGAGCAAGGUCAGGGUUCGAGCACACUUUGACUACUUCGCCUUCAGCGACCCCUACAUCCCCUGCAAGGAGGCUGGGCUGGACUUCAGAAAAGGAGACAUUCUACACAUUGUCAGCCAGGAUGAUGCGUACUGGUGGCAAGCCAGGAAAGAGGGAGACAGAGAUAUGAGAGCUGGACUGAUACCCAGUAGAGCUCUCCAGGAGAGACGGAUUCUGCACGAGAGAGCCAACACCAAAACAUCCAAAGAAGGGGAGGGCCUUCCCCCCGAUCUGCUUGAUCUACUUCUUUUUUCUUUCACCAACGAGGCCAACCCGGGCACUAACCUGGAGUUGAGUGGAGGGGUGGGGGGUUGUGUGAGUGUGUGCUACCCCGUACCCGGCUUGCCUCCCCUCACGACCUGCUCUGUAUCUCCUCCCAAACUGCCUCCCUGCCAGAGCCGAACUAAAAAGAUUCUAUAUUCGGCAGCGGAGAGGGAGGACUUUGACCGUGAGGAGGUCGCUACCUACGAGGAAGUCGCCAAGCUGUAUCCGCGGCCAGGCCUGGCGCGACCGAUCGUGCUGAUCGGAGCGUCGGGCGUCGGCCGCAACGAGCUGCGCCGGAGACUCAUAGCCACUGACCCGGAGAAGUAUAGGACACCUGUACCUUACACGUCGCGACCCCCAAGACCCGGGGAGGUGAACGGGAAGGAAUACUUCUUUGUGACCAGGGACCAACUAGAGGACGACAUCAACGCAGGAAAACUGCUGGAGUAUGGCGAGUACAAGGGUAACCUGUACGGUACGUCUGGUGAGAGUGUACAGUCUAUAGUCAACGCUGGAUACGUCUGCAUACUCAACCCUCAUUAUCAGGCAUUGAGAAUGUUGAGAACGCCUCAACUGAAGCCAUUUAUUAUAUUCAUCAAACCUCCUGCAUUUGAGUUCUUUAAAGAAACCCGGAAUUCUGCGCAUGCAAGAUCCACGUUUGAUGAAAACAAUUCACGUGGCUUUACGGACGAGGAGUUUGCCGAGAUAAUCCACAGCAGUGAUCGUAUAGAGUUCAUGUACAGCCAUCUGUUUGACGAGACAAUCAUCAAUGCAGACCUCUCAGCUGCGUUUGAGCGGCUCGUGUCGGCCGUCAUUAGAGUAGAGACGGAUCCUUUGUGGGUGCCUACCUCGUGGGUUCAGUGAUCCAGAGCUACCUUCAUUAUCAACAAUUCAAGAGUCUCCCACUGCCAUCUCAUCUAUUCAUCUUGUUUGUUGUUAAGCCUUCGUUUUAUUUACAUGUUUGUUAACGUUGUGUUGUUACUCGUUCAUAGAACCUACCAAAGAGAACUUGGCGUAGAUCAGUCUCGGUUGAUUGUUCAUAGUACUUUAUCAUCGGAUUGUGUGAAUUAACAUUUAGUCAUAAGGCCGAUUAAAAGAAUUUAGGAGUAUUUACCCGUAGAAUAUGUUUCUGAUGGACUGCCUCGAUUACUCGAAUCAAAGACAAGUGGAACGGUGUCGGUAGCCUUAGGAACCAUGUUUCUGUGAUGCCGAUUGUCUAAUUAGCUCUCAAACUUGUCAUCUUGCAUCACACUGUUGACUUAAUUCCUUCUAUUUUUAAAUUACCGCUUGAGAACAUGGGCUUGUAAAAACUUGUAUUUAGGACGCUUUCAUUCCAAUUUAAACAUUAGUUUUGUCUUAGAUCGAAACAGUUCAUAUAGUUUUCUGCAGUGUCAUCAGUUAGUUUAAUAUUUCGAUCAGAUUUACAUAAUAAGCUUGUACACAGCAACCAUCACAAUAGUCGCCAAAGUGUAAGAUAGGCAUCUCUAAUGUACCAUAUAUUUUUAUAUAGAAAUGUCUCUUAGAAAUGAGAGUAGAAAAUACAGUUUACUAUCUUCCGCUGAAUCUCUUUCGAUGUUUCCAAUAUAAGACCUGUUGUCUUAAAAAUUUUUAAGCAUUGAAAACUAUAAAUAUUGAAUUUUAAAGCUUUAGAAAAUUCAUCAUAAUUUAAACGGAUACGAACAGUAAACACUUAAUGUAUUUUGUAUAUUUUAGAGUUGCUCUUACUCUGAAAAAUGUUAUUAUGUUUAUUAGCAAUUAUCAAAGUCUUGGUACGAGUAAGUGGGGUGAUACAAAUGUUGUCCACUUAGAAAAUUUAAUUGCGGUCUGUAUAGCUCUCUAUUUUACUGAUAGUUUUAGAAGUUUUAACUAUUUAAGUAUUUAUUGAUGAUUUUGUUGUUAUUUAUUAGCCAUGACGAUGUGUACAAAUGUUUUGUGCUCUAUUUAUUUGAUUGUGUGCUGCUGACUCAUGAUGACUUAGACUCCCAGUAUUAUUAUAGCUUUCAAUCAUAUUUAGCUCCUAGUCUUCCAAAUGCAUCAGCAAGAUUUUAUCAUAAUUUGAGAGUCAGUCAUUAUUGCAGUGUUGGUUACAAGUUACAACACUAGGAACUGCCCUGCUUCUAGUCCUACGUUUAUCUAUACAAGAUACUAGUUGUAUUUGUAUUUAUUUAUUCUUGCUAUGCAAGUCAAAUUGUUAUUUUAAUGUGUUGCCUAAUAAAUGAAAUGUAUUUUCAACGGGAAUCUUUGACUAACAGUACCUUAAUGUCUGUAAGACAUUUAUACAUAUGUAUGGUGACAGUAUUCUAUUAGCUUGGUGUCAUCACCAAUUUUUGGUGUUGUGAUGGUACACACAAAGUUUAAUACAACUGAAUUGAGAUUAUUCUUGAGUCUCCAAAGUCUUAUGGUCAUUUUAGUGUGAUAUUUUUCAAAAUAAUUGAGAAAAAAUUCUAUAUUUUAAUGUAACAAUUUUUAAGAUCGUGUGUGGGGUCCGUGGGUAUUUGAGGCAUAAGAUGAUCUCAUGAAACCCUGUUUGAGUUUCAUACUUCUGAACAAAUUUUGUAUUAGGUGUUUAUUUGCUAGUCAUGUUGAAUUUGUAUUCGUUAGGGUGAACACUUGUGUUUUAUUUUUAGUAUGAACAAGGAUAUUUUAUAAUUAUGAACAUCUUUGCUUAUCAGUGAAAAUUAUUACUUGAUUUUAUGACUGGUUUGGUAAGAUGGCCCUUUAUAGCUUAAGAACAAUAUUUUGAGUCAUAUAUUUUUCUUCUCAACUUACGAAGCACCAAAAAAAAAUCCUUAUUGUCUUCUGAUAUGUUUUGGUCAUACAGAAGAAGUUUAGUCAAGAUUUCUAGUCGAUUGCCUUUUUUGGUUUUUUAACCUUUCACUAUUAAGUCUUAGGUUAUAUAAUAGUUAUGAGUGUUUUUUCACUUGUUUUUAAAAUUAUAUUCUUACCUACGGACCUUGUGUUGUAUGGGCCCACUUGAUGCUUAUUGUGCUUAACUACAAUACAUCCCCUGAUAAUAGCAAUAUAAGCUUUUUAAACCCAUAGAUGAUUUCCUCAGCACGUUGUCAAUCUUAUAUUUAUUAAUUUGUUGUUAGUAUGUAUUAUUUGUUAAUAAAAAAAAUACUCUUUCAAUCUUUCAUGUAUUAAGUUAACAAUCCAGUUUAACAAUAUUCUACAGUGUAAUGAAAUUGUUAUCAAAAAUUCCGUGGAGUGAGUAUUGAUUGCAAUAAUUUGAUCAGAGACUUGUGUUUUUUAUCUUGUUUACCAAACCCUAUUUUUCAAAGAAUUAAAUAAUUUUCUUAUUUUAUUCUAUUUUUGUAUGGUUUGGGCCUUACUCUACUUGCUACUUUAUAUUUUACUAAAUUAUCAAAGUGUAUUAUGUGGCACUUCCCUAUUCCAUUCCUUUAUAACCUCGAAACUUAAUCCUCAACAAUUACCCUCAAAACUUAUUUUUCUGAAGUAGAACAGCUAUGAUAAAAACAGUAUGGUAAAAAUUAAAAGUUAUUUCAGACAAUAAAUGAAAACAUAUGAAUUAAGUGUACAUAUAUCACAAAGUAAAUAAAACACGUCACUGGAAGAACUAGAAAACUGCUAAGAUAACACAUUUCUACAUUAUGCAACGUAUAUUUUUAUUUGAUGUUCUAUUGUCUACAGUUGAUAAAAAGGUUUUUUGUAUGAAUGUUUAAAAAAUCUGUUGUUUUCCCUUUUGGCAUGUGUUAUUGAUGGGCAAUGAAAGCAACAGUUACCCAAAGGCAUUAAUAGCUCCACACUAAAGUAAAACUCCCUAUUUAUUUAAACUUUCAAAUAAAGAUAAAGAUGUUUCACCCAUUACCAAUAGAGUUGCAAUUUGUUAAAGACAAUUUUCCUAAAAUUAUUUUGAACUUGUUUCAUGGUCAAAUUAGUCUCAGAUGUUGUUAAACUGGAUGUACCAAGAAUUGUUUCUGCGACAAUAAUUUCGAUAGUAAUGACUUGUACAUAACGGCCGGUCGAGCAGUCACCCUGAGCUGAUGCAAUAUCCUCUGGGGUCUCUCACCCUACGCCUCAAUAUUAUAUAUUUGCAUUGUUGAGUAUGUAAAUUUAACUGUUACUGUAGUCGAAUGUUUUAAAAAUGACUUAUUUUGUAAUUAGAUUGUUGGAACAUGAAUGAAUAGUAUAAAUUAUUUCAAAAUACCUUUGUCCAUGCCAAUUGAUUGCUGUGCAUUUUGUAUCCUAACAUUAGUUAAAUAAACAGCAUUAUUAUUAUUA